AUGGUUUCUGCAUCCUCGACCUCACCGCGCAAUGCUGUUGACCUCCGUGCCACCCGGGUCGUGGUGGAGGGUCCUACGACCGAGGAAUCGCCCCGCGUCGUGACGUACAUAUCUUGCCAUCUCUACCUCUACUUCGACACUGCGUCAAAGGCCGCCUUCUUCAAGCUGCGUCUCCCGCUCGCUCCUGAAGACAAUCUACUCGUAUAUAUCUUUAUCGAUCCCGAUCAGGUCGACUCUCUGUCACUCGAUCGGGCGACCAGCAAGAACGCCGAUCUUGCCAGGCUGUGUGGGAGCUCUGCUCCAGGCACUGUCUGCUUGCGGUUCUCCUUGCGCAGGCCCGCGUCGAUCGUUGGGCCUACACAAUGUCGUCCACAAGCCGGCCACGUGGAUGCCUCUGUGUUGGGCCACAUACAAUUUCUUGCGGCGCAGACAACUAUAGCCGUCCACAUUCCCCAGGGCGAUGUCUCUACAGCACAGCUGCAGGCCUUGUCCAGUGCCGCAUCUGUUGGAUUGUUGACCUCGAGCGCCCCGCAUGCUAGCCUCAGCCGCAUGUACGGCGGGCGAAGCGGAGGUGCUCUUCCGUCUUACGACGAGGUUGCCGGGCCGUCGAAGCCAUCAUCAGAAGGCUCAAGACAGGGUCAUUCUCCCAUCCCUUCUAAGAAACGUCGGCUGGAAAGCCCGACUCCAGAGCCAGGGGCGGAGGCGGGCGCAGACGAGAAGGCCGCGUUGGCGCAGCAGAGAAGUGAGCAGCUCCGUGGACAGAUGCGAGACCUGAUCCGUGAUGUCUUCAGAGAAGACAUGGUAGAGGAUGUGCGCAAAGUAGUCUGCGCAGAGCUCGAGAAGACGGAGGCUCGCAUCAUGUCCCACGUGGCCGAGCAGAUCGACCAGCUUAGAGACGAGGUAACAGAGCGGAUUGAUGAAGCCAUGGCCGAAGCGGUGAGUAGAAAUGACCUGGAAGAUGUCGUCGACGACCGCGCAGCGGGCAUGAAGAUCGAGAUGGAGGAUUUUGUCAAAGACGAGAUGCGUGGAGUGGAAGACAAGAUAUUAGAUCAUUUUGAGAACGGCACAUGGUACGGGUCAUUUCGGCGGCCGGAGGAUCUCUAGGCCGGGCAGUUCGGUCGCCAGCAGGUGUCCUCAAGUGCUACAUUGUGUAGAAAUAAUAGACUCUAGUCCAUCAUCCGC